AUGGAAGAGAUACAGAUUCCAGAACGCAUGUUUGCCACUUGUGAAGAACCGGCUGGAGAGAGAGUGAACACCUACCACAAACCCAAGAGAAUUGAUUCCAUAAUUGAAGCCUUGGAACCUGAUGAAGUCGAGUUUAUGCGGAAUACAACCUUUGGGAAGAUCAUAUCGCAGGCAGAAAACCCUUCGUUUUCAGGUACCUUUGGUCAGUUCGUCAUUGUGCGUAUGCUCAAGGUGAAGAAAAAAUACGAGAUCUGGUUCUUGUUCGCUGGUAAACCUAUCAGGAUGUCUCUUCAAGAGUUUGCGCAUGUAACUGGGCUUAAUUGCAACAAGAUUAUCAAAAAGAACAUCAAAAGGAAGAAGAAUCCUAUCACGGAGAAGCUAUAUUGGGGUGAACUCUUUGGGUCUCUCAAGUUCUGUCCAGUUGAUGCGGCGAUUGAAAUGCUGAAAAGAAGAAGUGAGUUUCUUGCUUACCCCUGGGGGAGAGUAACAUUUGAGAUGCUGGCGGAACCUGCUGUUGUGAUUGAGUCUGACAGUGAAUCUGACUCGGGAUGUAACGACAUUGAAGUUGAAUUAGAAGAGGAUACAGAGGCCCCCGCGCCACAGCCCAAGACGGUCCGAUACUAUGUCAACCCAACUCACGUCAGAGACCUAGAUGAGGAGACAAAGACGGAGGUCAUAUCCAUGAUUGAGGACACUACACACUCACGUAAUCAGUUGGAGUGGGAUGACGAGAUCGACGAUGAGACUGUCGAUAACCUUGUCCGCCUAAUUCAAAAUGGCAAAGUAGUUUUCAAUAAGGCAAUGUUUGUUGGGGGCUUAACCGGCGUCGAUCUUUCUCGUAUGAGGGCUGAAAAGAAACAAAAAGAAAAAGAGGGUAAAGAUAAAAAGGAACCAGAGAGUCAACCCGAUGUUCUCGCUACGGAUGCAGUUGACAUUGGUUCUUCCAGCCGCAUUGCAAACCUUGUUGCAGGCUUAAUUAACAAGAAGAUUGCGGAUGCUUUAUCAAUUAAAGAUGCAAAAAUCGAGCAGAGUCUUGCCAAAGUUAUUAUAGCUCAACGUGAGAAGAUGGAGGGUGAAGUGAUUUGGAGCAUCAUUGGUUUUCUUGGAAAACAAAUGCCUACCUCAGUGCGCGAGGAAGACACUAGUGGGAGAGGACAGAGCGGUGGAGAAAAUGUUGACGCUGCCAAUUCUGCUGGACCGGUGCUAUCACCUGAGGAUCAUGGAAAUCAAUUAGGUGUGGCGGGGUCGCCAUUAACAAGGAAAGAGCCAUUGCCACACGCUGAGUACAACGAUAGCCAAUCACAAGCGGACGAGGUAAUUAACAAGGUGAUCAAUGAUGUUCAAGAGUUCGCAAACCCAUAUGAUUUAACGGCAACAGAGAAUAGUCACACCUCCCUUUGGGCGCAGCUACAGUUCACGAAAGCGUGGAACAUGUUGUUUUUACGGAAGUGGAAGGAUUUAAAGGCACCCCCAUAGUAUCUGACGAGCACACAUCCCACAUUUCUCAACUGCCUACAGUCGAUGAAGAAGAGGCACUAGCUGACACUGAGGAGAAUGUUGGAGGCAUUGACCAAUCGGUGCCCGAUAUACCGGCGCUGGUAACAAAUGAUGAAAUUGGCGAGACUCGGAGGAGCAAAAGAACCAGGAUGCUACCACCCAUUUUCAAUCUCUAUCAGUGUGAUGCCAAGAUAAAAGCAUUCAGGGUUGAGGAAAACAUGUCGAUAAACGACCGAAACGUUGAUGAAAUAUACUUAUCUAUGAGGGAAAGAGUUGCGGAUAACCAGUGUUUCACGCUUGCCAAUGGGAUGUCAUUAACAAUAGAAGAACUAGAUGUAAUUGUUAACAGGAACGUGUAGCUCCCAGCAAAGGUCAUGGAUGUGCUAACAUACUACAUUGCACAAGACCGUUCCAGAAAGGGAACACACUCAUCCAAACCCAAGGUUGCGGUCUAUGAUACCAGCUUCCCCGUAUCUAUCAUCAGUCAACAUGCCAGGCUUACCAAAACCGCCGUUAAAGACCGUUGCAGGAUUAAGUACGAUGACGCUACUCUCCAGUACUUCAAAGCAGGCCCGGAUCCGGACGAUACAUAUGACCGCAUCUACUUUCCAUUCUGCAUCGACAAACAACACUGGAUGGGAGUAUGUAUUGACAUUCCCUCAUCUUCUGUCCAGAUACUUGACUGCAACUCUAUCUUGAGCACCGACAACCAGAUCAAGAAGGACAUCAACCCAAUCACCGUAGUCAUUCCUCAUAUCAUCCACUCUGUCAGAGGCGCCCCUUACCACAAUGCUACCAAGCCUUUUGGUUUCUUCAGGGCCAAGGGCAUCCCACAGCACCCCAAUCAACCGGAAUCUGGAGUUGUUACGGUCCUGGUCAUUCAGGGCCAUGCUGCAAAUGAUAUCGAGGGAUGCGCGGAAGUUACUCCAUUUUCUCUUCCACCCGCAGCUACGCACCUGGCUGUGCUUGUACUCCGUGACAUAGCCCCAGUUUGAAGCGUUGUGGGGAGUUCAUUAUCCCCUAACGUAGAUCUAUCUUUGUAGUUUUAUGCUUUUAUAAAACUCUUUAAUCUGACCCCUUUGCAUUUUGAAUCAAGUUUGCUUGUUCCAUUUACGUGUACGCAACCUUU